AUGAGUUUGGUGGCAGGAUCCUACGAGCGAUUCAUAUGGGGUUACAGGUUAAAACAUCGCCAGAACUUCACCCUUUCUCCACUUUUUACCUUCCCUUCCCAUCUUUCCACCAUCAAGGCCGUCGCAGUAUUCGGUUCUGCCGCUGUCUCUGGUGGAUAUGAUGACACAAUUAAAAUCUACGAUCUCAACUCCUCCUCUGAGAUCGGUUCCCUCCACCAGUCAUCUGCCAUCACCUCUCUCUCCUUCUUUGCACCUCCUUCACUCUCUUCCUUCCCCCGCAAUCUCUUUGCCGCUGAUGCUGAAGGUUUUCUCUCAAUUUAUGAUGCCGACCCCUUUGUCCAUCUCAAAACCCUUAAAGUCCAUAAGAAAGGAAUCAACUCCCUCUCUGUCCACCCCUCUGGCCAGCUAGCACUGACGGUAGGCCACGAUGAGUGCUUGGCCAUGGUCAAUUUGGUUAGGGGCAAACGCAGUUUCUACUGCAGGUUAAGCAAAGAGUCAUCAAUUAUACAAUACAAUGAAACCGGUGAAAAAUUCUUCAUGGUAGCUGAUGAGAAAAUAAGUGUUCACGAAUCUGAGGAUGCAAAAUUAAUUAUUGAGCUGGAUAAUCGGAAAAGAGUCCUUUGUGCGGCCCCGGGCAGGAAUGGGAUUUUAUUUACCGGGGGAGAGGAUAGGAAUGUCACGGCAUGGGAUGCAGCCAGUGGGAAAGUGGCUUAUAGCAUUGAAGAUGCUCAUGCAGCCCGUGUCAAAGGCAUUGUUGUAUUAUCUAAGAGUAGCGAUUCAGGGGAGGAGGAUCCAUACAUUGUGGCAUCUGCAUCAUCUGAUGGGGUUAUACGCAUUUGGGAUGUUCGGAUGGUUAACAAGGAGAAGACGAAUCCCCUAGCUGAGGCUAAUACCAGAUCCAGGCUCACUUGUCUUGCAGGAUCAUCUAUCAAAUCUGUGAAACGAUCACGAGUUGAAAAUUCUAAUCCAGAUGAAAAUCAGGAGGCAGCCGCUAUGGAAUCAUAA